GUCAAAUUCGUGAUUGUUAAGUGAGAGUGAGUGAAUAAUUGUGAAGGAAGCGAAGUGGUUUUAAUUUUGUAUUUUGCUUAGAUAUUUUACUAUUCUUCUUUAUUAAUUAUAUCAGUAAAAUAUGAUCAAAUUGUAAUAACAGUUUUAUAAGUACACAAAACAAUUCUAUUUCAAUAUCAAAAAAGACAGUCUGACUAGUCAGUGACAGUGUACCUCGAAAACACAAAAAUUAUCAUCAAAAAUGGGUGGUAAAGCUGAGAAAGGCACUCCAAAAUACAUUGCAAACAAGAUAAAGGCCAAAGGACUGCAGAAACUGCGAUGGUAUUGUCAAAUGUGUCACAAACAGUGUCGCGAUGAAAACGGUUUCAAAUGCCACACCAUGUCGGAGUCGCAUCAAAGGCAACUGUUAUUAUUUGCUGAUAAUGCCAAUAAAUAUAUAGACGAGUUCUCCAAGGAGUUUUCUGAUGGAUACUUGGAGUUGUUGAAGAGACAGUUUGGUACUAAAAGAGUGAAUGCAAAUAAAGUUUAUCAAGAUUAUAUUUCAAAUAGAGACCAUCUUCACAUGAAUGCAACACAAUGGGAGACGCUGACAGAGUUUGUGAAGUGGCUCGGUCGUGAAGGGAAGUGUGUUGUGGACGAGACAGAGAAAGGUUGGUUCGUAGCGUACAUUGACCGGGACCCGGCCGCGGUCGCUGCUAUGGAGGCUAAGGCGAAGAAGGAGAAGAUGGAGAAAGAUGAUCAGGAAAGGAUGCUAGAAUUCAUAGAGAAGCAGGUGGAGAGGGGCAAGAAAGAGGGGUCGAGCUCGGAGCCCACGUACUCGGAGUUCAAGAGGGCGAGCAGUCAGGAACGGGUCACACUCAGCCUCAACCUGAAGAGGAAGGCCGAAGACAAAAAAUGCGAACUGCCAACAUCAGCGCUGAAACAGAAGUCGAAGGAAGACAGUAAGAAAGUGAGGGUUCAGGAGAAAAAUGACAAGAACAAACAAAGCGCUUUAGACGAGAUCAUGAAGAUGCAGGAGAAGGCAAAGGAGAAAGCUAACAGAAAAGACUAUUGGUUAACGGAAGGUAUAGUUGUGAAAAUAAUAACUAAAUCUUUGGGAGACAAGUUUUACAAAAGAAAAGGAGUGGUCGAGAAAGUUGUAGAGAAAUACGGUGCUCAAGUGAAACUCAUCGACGAAGAAGUCAGACUUAAGUUAGAUCAGAAUCAUUUGGAAACGGUGAUACCGUCUGCCGGACGCUCAGUUCGCUUUGUAAAUGGGGCGUAUCGCGGACACGCGGGCGUGUUGAGGGUUAUCGACACGGGCCGCUAUUGCUGUGACGUCGAGAUAUCUGAGGGACUUUUGACGGGCCGGUUAGUUCGUGACGUUCAAUAUGAAGAUAUUUCCAAGAUGGCGUCAUGACACUAAAUAAAGGAAAAUAUGAAUUUUUUACCAGUUUAAUUUCCACUUAAUUUCAAUUUCCUUCACGUUCGUUAUCUCGUCAACAAUGUAUCUUUUAUAAAUUAUUAUUUAUGUUAAAACUCAAGGUUUUAUUAAAGGGACAAGACACUUCUUGUUUCAUUGCAUUA